UUUGCUGUUUGUUUAUAAAGGCCAGUCCUAUUUAGAUUUGACGCUAUUCUUGCGAGGCUUUCAGGAAGUAGAUUUACUUCUGGUCUAAGGAGCUAGCCGGUCAGUUUUUUCAUAUACAGUGCGGUUGAGUGCUUGCAUUUCGUUCACGUGUCAAAAUGCAGUGCAAGAAAUCCGUUGGGUCUUUGCUAGAACCUCCAACCGAUUCGCAGACGUACAACAUAGCUCUCACUAUAAACGAAACCAGCGAGGACAAGUUGCUCCACAAUGAGAAAUUGCUCUACGAAUGGAUCGAGUCACAGAAGCAUUUCCCGAAAAACAUAGAUAAAGCCUUCCUAAGGGCCUUCCUUCGAGGCAGCAAACACCACUUGGUCAAAGCUAAACGGAAAAUAGAGCACCAUCUUUCAGCACGAUAUUUAUUUCCCGAGGUCUACGCCAACAGGUCACCUUUCACCAAAGACAUCAUCCAAGCUAUGGAUGUGGUCAACAUGAUGUACGUACCCAAACUGACAGACGACGGUUGCAGGGUUGCAUUUUUCAAACUCGAGAGGUGCGACCCUUCCGAGUUUCACAUGCUCUCGCAGAUCAAGUUAUUCUUCAUGCUAUAUGAGGUGAUUAUAUUGAGGUGUUAUCCGGCAUGCGGCGAUGUGGCUGUUUUCGACGCUAAGAAGUUUGGGGCUGCACAUUUGACAAAAUUCACUGGCCCCGUGUUCAGGACACUGGAUACUUUGCUAAGGAACGCUUACGCCAUACGCGUCAAGCAGAUACAUGUUAUAAACGCUCCACCGAUGAUCGGUAGGGUCUUGGCUCUUAUCAAACCCAUCAUGCAUCACAAAGUCAGAAACUCCGUAUUCGUGCACAAGGACCCGAAAGACCUAUUGGGCAUUCUCGGGGCUGACGUCACACCGUGCGAUUACGGGGGUAAUCUGAAAAGUGUGAGAUCGAUCGCGUCGGACUGCUACGACUUUUUGGCCGAUAAUGCGGACUGGCUCGAAGCGCAGGAAAAUGUAAAAAUCACGGGAAUCCCGAAAAAAGUGGAACGAUCGUUUUAUUUCAGAGACGAGCUGGGACUCGAAGGAAGUUUCCGAAAAUUGGAAAUUGAUUAAAAUUUUGUUGGUUUGUGAUUUAUGUGAUGCGUUUUAAAAAAAUAGGUGAUAUUAGGAACAUAUACCGUUGCUUUCUUGUCCUGUUAUAAAACGUUUGAAUUUAUAAUGCAUAUAUAUAUAUAUAUAUAUAUAUAUAUAUAUAUAUAUAUAUAUAUAUAUAUAUAUAUAUAUAUAUAUAUAUAUAUAUAUAUAUAUAUAAAUAAAAAUCAAAAUGAGAAUGGAAUGUCGAUGUCAAUGAAAUUACGGCAACUGUGAGAUUUUAAAUGGAACGCCCUGUAUACUCUUCAUUUUUAGACCAAUUCUAAACGUCUUUUAUAAAAAAAAAAUUACUGUUAUUUGCAUGUGAUUCAAAACGCAAUUGAAUAAGACAUCGAAAACGAACUUUGACACUAUUUAAAAACAAAAUGCAUUUAUUCAUUCAUAUGAAGUAUGUCAGACAAAAGUGGUUUAAAAUUGUUUAGCGAGCUAAAAAUAUACAUGUUCCAUUCAAAAUAACAAAGUUGAUGUUGGAGCAAAAGUUACCCUACACUUUAGCUAUUUAUAAUAACCCGAUUUAGAUCUAGAUUAUAUAGUUUAAGUAUUAUUCUUUUAUAUGGGGUUUAUGGAACCCAUAAUUUUGUUGGUGCUAAAAUCGGUUUUAUCUGGCAACUUCUGUCUCAGGCGCAGCAUGCUGGAGAUAUCUACUACUGUUUGUUGGGAAAGAGGUUUUUGUUUUUGGUUUGGUUGGUUGGUUUUUGAAGACAAAUUAUCACAGCAAUUUUUCCAAGUUGUUGUUGGUCUACUGCAAAGCCAAGAAACUUUGUGAUAUCAUCCGUUAGGAGUCCUUCAUCAGCAACUCUUAUAUUUAAGCAACGUUCGUUUUUUUGUUGAGAGUUAUCGAACCCGAUGUAAUUUGUUUUAGACGUAUUUCACUUCUUUACGGCCAUACAAUCAGAAUAAAGAUGUUUAAAAAUGCUAUUUAUGUAGAUACUAAAGAAAAACAGUCCCAGAAUAGAAACCUGAGGCACUCAUAUCUGGACAUUCGACGUAACUGCGUUGUUAGGAUCAAAGGGAAAUCGGAGGUCUUUAUAAGUGUUCAAAAUGCGUCUCCACCGUAUGCUAGGCAGGAAUUUGUCCUUGUGCUAUGACACAAUUAAAUUGGAACAAAAAACUUUAAGAUUUUCAUAGUUUUUAAUAAUUAAUUACAGCUGUUGUCCGAUAUAAAUUUUGGGACAUUUCAACUUAUAGAUUCCGGAUUUUCGAGUUUUUCGUAAUUUAGUUGUAUUGUUUUUUAAAAAGCGUCCUAUAGUGUUUUCAGUUUUAAAACCAAUAUUAACACCAUGAUAGAUGUUCUUAUAUUUGAGUUAUUUGAAAUUGCUUUUUAGUUAUCUAUCGUAACCAUUGUCGUUAAAAGCUAUUUGUUUUCUAAUAUUUAAUUCUUUUUCAAAAUAUUCUAUGGAAAGUGGUAUAUUAAGUAUUCUGUGUGUAAAAGCAUAAAAGGCAGCCAUUUUGUGUAUAAGGGUGAUUUGAGUUAUGUAUUAUGUUGUUUAGUUAUAGUUAAGUCCAGAAAGUAUAGAGAGUUCCGUCUCUAUGGUAAAUUUUAAACGGUUAUGUAUGGAAUUAAUAUGAUUCAAAAAGGACUGCAGUUGUUUUUCCGUUCAAGUGAAGUAAGCAAAAACAUCAUCUACGUGUCCAUACCACCAGAGAAAUCAAUUACUCAGAGGAUGUUUAUGUAUGAUAUUUUUUAAAUUGUCCAUGAAAAUAGCUGCAAGUAGUGGACUAAGUGGUUUUCCCACAAUUAAUUCUUCUUUAGCAAUAUAAACUUGACCAUUAAAUUCAAUAUAAUCUAACUAUUAAACUA